AUGGACACCGAGAUGACAUCCCCAGCUCCUGCAGCCAUCCCCGACACCAUUCUCCGCGACCACUUCACCUCAGAGUCUCGCCGCGAUGACGAUUACACUUACGCGACAUCAAUCCACAUCAAGUCCAAAGCCCAAGCCACAGCUUUUGCGCGCACAAUCCACACGCAGCAUCCCGAACGCACCCUCGUCCUCUGGAUCAACAGCAGCGUCAGCGGUGACCUGCGUAACGAACCCUGCGCCAUAGCAGUCGGCUACGACUCACCUGUAACCUCCGCCUGGACCGCCCAAGUCACUAUCGCACACUACACCAACGCAAACGAAGCCAUCCUACUAUCCAUUGGUGAAGCGCUCCGCGUCGCCGCAUCUCCCACGAUAACCGAGCACAUCGAUCGCGUGCUCGUCUUCUCAGAUGUGCAACGUAUCCUGAAGAGUAUGAGGAUGGGCCAUCCGUUCGGAUUGGUGAGGGAUAGAUGGCUUGUAGACGAUAUAUCCAAUCUCACCAAGCAACUAGCCGAGAAGAGCGUCGAAGUGGAAUUUCACUGGUUCCCUCCUUUCCCCAACAUUGAACCUCAGCAACGCGUGCGUGGCGCCUCGCAGCGGUUCAAAAAGCUUGCUUUAGCCGAAUACCCCGCGGAGUUACUCGAUCGGAGCGUUAGUUUUCCGCCGGUGAGACUGGACGGGGCACUCGUCACGGGGGGUGCGGGAGAGGACUUUGUGGGUGGUUGGCUAGGCGCUGCGCUGAAAGAUGUAAAGGUUUUGCCGCGAAGAGAGCUGAGUCGUGACCUGAGGGUUCAGGCCAGGCAGGCUAUUAAUCAGAGAAGGAAGGAGAGGAAAGAGAAGGCGAGAGCGAGGAGGAUCAAUGAUAAGGCAGAGAGGGAGACGAGGAAGAUGGAGAAGGAGAUGAGGAAGUCAUUGCGUAAGAACGGAAUGAAAGUGGAGGGGCAGGAUGUGGAAGAGCAUGAAGUGCUGGGUUUGGCGUGUGACGAUGAGAUAAAAGCGGAGGAGCAGGAAGUUAUGGACUUGGCAGAUGACAGUGAGAUGAAGGUUGAGAAGCACCAGAUAUUUGGUUUGGCGUAUGACAGUGAGAUGGAGUUUGAGGAGCAGGAAGUUCUAGGUUUGGCAGAUGAGAGCGUGGCGAGUACAUACGAGCUUGUGGGGAAGAUUGAGGAGCAGGAGAGGCAAUGUAUGCUCGUGGAGGGAUUUCAGAAUAUGGAUUUGGUUUGA